AUGAGCUGCGAGAACAUCAUAGAGAUGGGAGUCAAGGGCAGCAUCGCCGUCCCGGACGGGCCUCGCUUCCACCUGUCCGUGCUUCCGGAGGAGCCUGGGGUGGUCACGCUGAGGCGGAAAGUCACCAUCGGAGACGUGCGCUCCCGGAGUCACGAGGGCCACCUGGCGGAGGGGCGCACCAGGCGGGCCCAGCAGAGCUACGAGCCGGCCAAGCGGAAGCUUCCUCUGGUCCACCACCUGGGUGGACAGGAGGUGGAUCAGCGGGCGAUCCACCCGGGCGCCCAGUGCGGCGCCAGGAGCGUCGGGAACAUUGUCAUCAGUGUGUCGGAGGCCGUGCCGUCGGUGGACAAGCGGCCGGUGAACCACGUCUGCUCGACCGAGAGUGGCUACGACAGCGAUGGCACGCGACGGAGCGAGGACUCGCCUCCCGGCAGCACUCGCAGAAUCAGCGUCCACAGCGCGUCCAGUGACGACAGCGCCAAGGUGUCGAGUCAGGAGCUGCGGCAGAGGGGGCCGCGUCCCGGCGCGUGCGAGAGAGCCGGCUCGGCGGGCGCCGUCCAGAUCACCACCGGCUCUCCCGGGCCUGAGGUGCAGGACGGUGACGACUCCCCGUUCGCCAGUCAGGGCAACGGUACCAUCCUGAGGCAGCCGAAAGAGAUGAGGCUGCUCCGGGACGGAGCCGACGACGAGACCUGUCUGGUCGCCGAGCCGCCAGCGCCGCAGAGGAAGUUCACGCCGCACAAGAGUCGGCCCACCAAGCCUCCGCGCAAGUCGCUGCUGCGGGACCAGAUGGCCGAGAUUUCCACGCAGACGUCGCUGCCCUGGGACCGGGCGCACUACGAUGAGGUACUGUCCGACAGCGAAACUCUGUCUCCGGUGCGCCGCAGUGACACAGUACGGAGGCAGCACGCCGACCUGGGUCUGCACGAGCGCCUGGCCAACUCUGCCGAUGGCGACUCGGGCCUGUUCUACGCCAGACGAACGCCCACGGCCGAUCUGCGUGCCCACUCGGAAAGUUAUCAACACCUCCGGUCGGAGGAGGGCUACCGCACGCCGUCCGGUGGCUACCCGGCCGACGGCGGCGGCCCGACGCGCGGUCGGAUCCGGAUGGGCACGCGCGAGCCGCGGGAGACGGGCCGCCCUCCGGCCCGGCCCCGCUCCACAGGUCACAUCGGACAGACGAACGGCGGCCUGGCCAGUCAGCCGUCGCUGCCCUCGCUGCCGGCCGACUUCACCAGCAAACAGUUCAAGAUGCUGCGCGUCCUGAAGGCGGACGGCGACUCGCUGGGCAUCUUCAUUGCUAGGAACGUCCAUCACGGCUACCUUAUCGCUGAGAUGGAGACCAACGGCGCCAUUGCAAGGGACGGGCGCUUCAAGGUGGGCGACGAGAUAGUGAACGUGAACGGUCGCCGGCUGCGCGGCUGUACCCUCGAGACGGUGCUGGACAUCCUGCGCGACCCCUCGCCCGAACUGGACAUCGUCAUAGCCCGGGACUUCAACCCGGACCGACUGAGCCAGCAGCAGGCCGGCCAGCACGUGGUGGUCAUCUCUGUGCCGGACAGCAGCGGAGCGGCGGCGGCACGAGACGACGCCGAUGACCCGGAUGACUCGCUCGAGUACCCGGCCACUGGCUCCGAGCUGUGUGACGCCUCCGAGACGGAAGAGCAUCAGCGGCCAGAGUCGGUGCUCUCCGGCGUUUCGGGGUACUCCGUCUCCAGCAUCCAGUCGGUAUCGUCAGUGCGCGAGUUACUGCGCAGGCGCCAUGACCAGAGGUCAGGUGCCAGGUCAUCCGGAUCGGGAGCGUCCCGGAGACCCAAGUCCUUGAUCACCUCCCUGCUGACGAUUACCUUCGAGAAGGGAGCUGGGAAGAAGAGCCUGGGCUUCAGCAUCGUGGGCGGCAGAGAUUCCCCCAAGGGCAACAUGGGCAUCUACGUCAAGACGGUGUUCCCCAAUGGCCAAGCGGCAGAGGACGGCAAAUUGAUUGAAGGGGACGAGAUCCUGGCGGUGAACGGAGAGAGUAUGCAGGGACUGUCGCACGCGGAGGCCGUGGUCGUGUUCAAGUCGGUCAGGUCGGGGCAGGUGCUGCUCUACGUGGCCCGCAGGGAACAGGCCGGACGCCGAAGGUCAACGAAGUCCAUGUCGUGCGAUGACCUGGACUGUGUUGAGAACUGAACUGGCGCGACCGGAACCGGAGGAGAUGACUUCAGCAUUAGAGGCACCUGACCAGAAGACGUGUGUCUCUCGGCCGGUCGUCGCACGGGGUCCACAGAGGUGACCCCUAUGCGGGCGCGCCGCCUCCUCUCGACCCGACAGCCGCAGAGGAACGGGAGCCGGGCCCCAGCGAGCCGCCUGGCCACCGCUCUCCGCCGAGCUGCCAGCCCGCCGGACCAGAGCGUCCCCGCUGGUCCGUCGGGUCCGAGGCGUGCGGUCCCCGACAACGGACCUGAGCCGCUGUGCAUGUGUGUACAUAGCUGUGCGUGCCGCUGGCCAAAGCCGUGUGCUGCAGGGCAGUGCUGGUGAAUAUACAGACGAUGGGAACGCG